CGUAGCAUCCUCGUUUGGGAAAAGCCAAGUGAAAUGAAAUAGCGACAGGGAUCUGCCAAAUGGAGAGAAGCUUCUCCUUCUCCCUUUGCAAGGACAGCGCUCAGUCACUGACACCCCAGCGAGCAAUAAAGAGCAUAUAGAUCUUAUAUGGAGAAGGGACCUUCAGCAAUCCAAAUAAAGCUUUUGAUAUAGAGUGACUUUAAACAGGAAUUAUGGCAGCUUUGGAUAAAAUAAAAGCAAAAAAGACUCUGGGAACUGUUGAUUAUGUGGAGUCAUCUGAGUUUGCACAAGGAAUUCUGCCUACAAAGAAGGAUGUCAUUCAAAACAUGUUGUAUUUGUUGCAUCCAAAAAGGGCUGGUCAAGCACAACGAUCCAAAGAAGAUGCUGCCCAGUUGCUUGCUGAACUUUUGCAGGAACAUUGGUUGUUUUGCAAUCUAUAUACCAUAGCAACACAGAGCAUAAAGAAGCAUAUUCUGAAUGUAUAUGAAGAAUUCUCAAAGUUAUACCAAUCCAGAAAACGAAGAAAAAAUGAACUGUUUAUUCAGAAAGCAGAUGAUUUCAAUAGGAGUUCAGAACAGCUUUUUGAUAUAUUUUGUACAGACACUGUUACACGAGAGAAAUUGGAGCAGUACAGUGGUGUUAAGAUGACAGAUACUGAAUGGAAAUUCCUUGAAGAUCAGAGGAAUGAAAGAAAAAUGUACUUUGAGGACUUCAUGGACAAAAAACAAAUGGAAACAAUAGAAAGACGAAGAAAGGUUGAAUCAUUAGAGCAUUUUAGGAAAAUUGCAGAGGAAGAGAAAGAAGUUCGUAAGCGUAAAGAAAUGACUUCAAACAGGGAUGAACACCCAGUUGAAGAUGUUAAUAAGAAUAAAGAUGACUCCUGUCUUGAAUACAACAAAGGAAUUGGAGGGUUUUCAGAUAAAGCAAAAAGAAAGCGUCUGUCUUCUUGUUGGGUAACUGGGACUGCAACUUCAACCACUUACAAUGAAUCGGUUCCUUCUGAAAAUCAGCAUCUACGUAUGAAUAUCAGAAAAGUCAGACCAGGAUUCUAUGAGACUUUUGACAAAUACAAGAACUGCUAGUUUGGUAUCUAAACUCUCUGGAGGAGAGAAUUAACUUAGAUCUUAAAGUACCCAGAUUAUUUGGGAGUUGGUGUAGAUAAUUAUGUUGGGCUCCCUUAUUGUGCAACAACAGCACCAAAAGGAUUGGUAGAAAUAAUCCAUGGAAAAGAUUAAGAUGAUAGUCAUUUAGUUUUAUAGCAAUAUAUUCACAAAGAGAAAGUGUUAGUUAUGAAAAAACUAUAUCAUUAGCAAAAGAAGUCUGAAGUUCCAAUGCUUAUAAGCUUAAAAAAAUAAAGUAGACGUGAACAGGUUACAUUCCAUGAGAAUAAUGUAUGUAUUUCAACAACUGCAUAGGAAGAUAAUUCUUUAUCCGUUAUGUACAGCAUUUAAAUCAAACUAAAAACCUUUUGCUAAAAACAUAAUAUGGAGGUCUGAGAAAGAAAAAAGUGAAGAGUAAAUUAAAUAAUGUGUUCUAUUCCAGCUCUGCAUCUUUGGAGAUUGGAAGAUCAUAUCCAAUUUAUUAACAUAAGUAACUAAACAUGGCUAUUGAAAGGAACAGAAUUCAUAGUCUGUGUAACAUUGGAAUAUUGAGGAUCACAAUAAACUGCAAACUCAAACCAUGACAACUAAAAUUGUGUCCCUUAAGAAAAAUAAUAAUUGGUCCCAGUGAUUCAUAAAGUGCUGUUACUUUCUAGAGGAAAAAGAAAACAAAUACUUAUCUGACCCUAAGAGACAUAGUAUAUAUAACUUGCAGUUAAUACACUGAGAUUCAAAUGGUUUUAGGUAAUUGCACAAAAAGUAAUUGGUUGCUUAUUUGACCUAGUAGAUAAGUAGUUGCUAAGAGACCCUACACUUUGGCAAACCAAUUCUUGUAGAUAAUUUGAUAGCUUGUUGAAAGAAAACAGGAAUUUUAAACAAUGGCUUUAGAUAUUGGUGUACUGGUGAUAGCUAUCAUUUUUCUGAAUUCUUGGCAAUUAAAUAACUUGGUUGUAAUUAUGUCAAAAAAUAAAAUCUGUAGUUAAAAGUAAGACGUGAAGAUGUAUACACACAAUAUGACAAAAUAAGGUGAACUUGCCUAAAAGUUAAAGAAAAAAGUCUCACACUGAUAAUUUUGACUGUAAACUGUGAUGUUUGCAACAACAGAAAUAUCUAUAUACUUAAUCAUACUAACUGACUUUGUAUUUAAGUUGUUGAUUCUUUAAAGUUUUAAAACUUAAAAUAGUUUCAAAUCUUUACCUUAUAAUACUAGAGUAGUCCCAUGGCAAGAUAGACAGCAAAUGAAUUCAAUAAUAUUUUAAUAAUAAUUCUGCAUAAAUUAGGUAGAUUCAUUGCACGAGCUGUGGUGGCACAGUGGUUAGAAUGCAGUAUUGCAGGCUAACUCUGCCUGCAGCCAGGAUUCAAACCUGACUGGCUCAAGGUUGACUCAGCCUUCCAUCCUUCCGAGGUCAGUAAAAUGAGGACCCAGGUUGUUGGGGGCAAUAGGCUGACAUUUGCAAACUGUUCAGAGAGUUGUGUAAAGCACUAUGAGUGAUGCAUAAGUCUAAGUGCUAUUGCUAUUACAUAUUUUUGCUUCAUUUCACACAUCUGAAAGCUUUUUUCUGUAUUUUUAGCCUAGGGUUUUCCAUUUACUCCUUUAUAACAACAUGACUACUAAAAUAAACAGUACACACAGGAAUAUAUGAUUUAAAAAAUCCAAAAUGGUUUUAAUUAUGUAAUUGUUUUGUAAAGAAAGUAUCAAUUUGAAUACUAAAAUAGCAACUAAUAAGAGCACUGUCAGAAUCAAGCAUAUUGGUUAACUGUGUGCCCCUGAGGAGUCUCCAAAUAAGGUGCUGUAUGUUGACAAAACUACUAUUACAAUUGUUCUUUAGAUACUGGAAUUCAGAGGCAUAAACAUCCUGAAAAAUGGUAGUGGAAAACCACCUGCUUAGAAAACUAUGUAGUCCUCAGGAAUGAAGCUUUACUCUAAAUUCUGGUAUUUGGAGCCAUAUAACUUCUUAUUCAUAUUCUGAUACUCCAAGAAUGUUUUGAAUCUUCCUUUAAAAUCAUCUAAAAAGUGACUUGUUUUGUAAAAAUGAAUUUAUAUGAUCAAGUUAAGUGGUGUAUUAUGUGGAAUAACUUCUUGAAUUUCCCGCCAUUCACCUUCACCUGAUCUCAGAUUCUGGUGUUAUGAAGAAGAAAACAGAAAAUUAGACUUAGUUGAGAAGCUUAGUAAAUGGGGGAAAUGAGUCAUGGGUCUUACUUUUUCUUUGAAAGUCCUAAAGAUUAAGGAAUAUACAAAAUAAAUCACUUGAGAUGUUUUUAUAUAGGAUAUAGUAUACAAAUUUUAGAAUAAUGGAAACUGAGAAUGAAAUCUUGAGAAUGGGAAAUGUAUACCUCCUAGUUUAAUUCCUUUAUACAUGCCUUUUACAGCUAAAGAAAGAUGAUGCAGUAUGUUAACUUUGUAUUAAGCUUACUUGAGCAGUACCGUGAUCAGCUACAGAAUAAUUAGUUGCAUGACCAAGACAGUUAUUCAUACAAAUGUAAGAAGGCUCUGAAUUAAGAGUUUUAAUUGUUUUAUAAACUGAAGUUUUUUUUCUGGCCAAGAAUAAAAUUGCUUAAAAGCAGCAUUCUGAAUAUUUGCUGUGCUUUUCAUCAAUAUAUUAAAGCUUUGUUGUCUUUAUGAAUAUUAAGAGCAUCAGCAUCUCCCUGACCUAACUUUAAUUAGAAGAUGCUUCUGUUCCAUUUGUCAAUUUGUUGAAGUUGAAACUGGAGAUUGAGCACAAUUUUAUUUUCUCUCAAACCUUUGCGGUUUUUCCUUUUCUUUUGAUUUCUAACUUGCAAAUCUGUUUCUAAUGCUGAUUCUGUCACGUGAAUAAACAUCUCUGAUUGCUGCUG